AUGCUGGAGUCAAAGCAGAAGGAAGGCGCACCCCCAGACUGCUACGGGCCCGAGGCGUCUGCCCUUACGAAGGGUCUGUUGCCCCCGGGCAGCAAAGUGCGCAUCGAGUUCGACGUGGAGCCCACCGACAAGUAUGGCCGACAACUCGUCUAUGUCUACAGGAGUGCAGAUGACCUUUUCAUCAACAGCGAGUUGGUGAAGACGGGUGCUGCAAGGCGCUUGCGAGUUUUGCCAAACGUGCGCUAUGAUGACCUGUUCACGAAGCUGGACUGGCAGCUUCUUCGUGACAAGUUGCCAGGUUGA